CCGUUUGUCGUCUUCUGGAAGUACGGCAGGCAAGACGAUGGGGGUGCAAUCCGCACACUGCUGUGCCGGGGUGGAGAUGGGUGCUGAUCUGCCGCAGCGUGGCAGCCGCGCCCAGCGCCCUCUUCACAUCCCUCGCCCUGUGAUUGAUGGGGUUGCUGGCGCUGCCGCCGGUUUCGUCUCGAGGAUGGCAGUUCAACCGUUUGAUGUGCUCAAGAUCCGCUUUCAGGUGCAGUUAGAGCCAGUCAGCAAAGUGCUAGCUCCUACUUCCCCAGCGGGUCCAUCGAAGUACACCGGACUUCUGCAAGCUACCGGGAUUAUAGUGAAAGAGGAAGGCUGGAAGGGCCUAUGGAAAGGGAUUGUCCCCGCUCAGCUCCUCGUCGUUCCGUACACCGCCAUUCAGUUUGUGGUCGUGCAUAAGUUCAAGAGCCUUGUUGCCAAAUCACCGAGAGAAGGUCGCCUUUCCGAUCUGAAUGCGUAUGUACAACAAUGGCGCGUCUAUGUCGUCGUAUCGUUGUGUCUUGAACUCGCAGUCGAUCUUCGCAACGUAGUCGUGAACGUCGACAACCUCUACUUCGGUGUCCAUGAAUGGAGCUGGUACUGCAGUGUGCAAGUAAUCCCGCAAUUGUGCCUUGAGCACGUUGCAAUGCGGUUUCGGCAAUCGACCGGUCGGGGGAACGGGCAUCCAUUGGAAGUCCGCGAACGUCAACGGCUCCGCCGCAUGGUGCAGAGCCACGAGGAUGCAACUCGGGCACUCAAUGCCCGAUUGCUGGACCUGGAACGGGCUGUACCAGGACCAGCUGCUGGGGCUUCCAGCAGUGCACCCUCUAGCCGCCAACUGGAGGACCGCGUUGACCACUUAGUGGCAAUGCUCGGCGACAUCAGCACUUUCGCUGCGCCGACCACCACCAUCAGCAGUCAGCUGCAUACAUUGAAGACCGAGGUCCAGCAGCUGCAGACGACGAACGCGGAUGGCAACCCGGAGAUGUAUAAGAUGCCAACUUUCAAUCUGGAGAGGUUUGACGACUACACGCAGCAGGAUCCGGUCCUUUGGUGGGAAGCAUUCACAACGCAACUCAGGAUUCUGCCCUUAGCCAAGCAUGCGUACAUUGGCGCCCUGUUACUGAACUCAAAGGGCGGAUGCCAGACCUGGUUGAGCCACCUGGCAACCUCCCAUGGCGUCGACGUACCAGACUUGGAAGGACAAAAUCACAUGGGAGGAACUGACACGACUGUGGAAGAAGCGGUUCAUCGUCAACGACGCGCCGAUACUCGCCAUCAGCCGUCUGUUCACCAUGUCACAGGGCAACAUUGCAACACGGGACUGGUUCACGGAGUGGCAGAAGAUUGCGGCAGUACGAACUGGUCCGCGACAGCUGCACUUCGCUGCAGUCCUAACAGGACAGUGGAGAUAACCCAGCAGCCACUCCAGCAUCAAGUGACGGAGAUCAGGUGGCUGCUGUCCAGCCACGAAGCAACAACAAGUUCCGCAACAAUGGGAAGGCGAAAUCCGCAUCGCAGGCCGGAAAUGGACAGCCAGUACAAGUUCCAUGGGUCAAGUUUGGCUUGUCUGAGGUGGAGUACAAGGUCCGCGGCCGCUACGGCAGCUGCUACUGGUGCAACAGCACCAAGCACAAGACCUCCCUGUGCCAAGAUCAGGGCAAGGAGGAUGUGCGACCCCGCCUCAGCUUGGGAAACUGAGCUCCGCGGAAGAGCUCCGUUGAUGGACGCCGGAGCAGAGGUUGUCGACCUUCACGCUUACAUCGCGAAGAUCGACCGCGAGUUCAAGACGCAACGGUACGACGACAUCGACGCACCAUUGCUAUACAUACGCAUUCAGAUUGGAGAGGCGACCUGCAGUGCCUUGAUCGAUUGCGGAGCGUCUCGCAACUACAUCAGCCAGGACUUCAUGGUGCGCGCCGGCCUUGACCCACGCGUCCGGAGGAAGUCCCAGCCUAUGCAAGUCACGUUGGCGGACAGUCACACGCACAAGUCAAUCGACCGGUGCAUUGACAAUGUCCCAGUGUACUUUGCCCCUCACGCAAGUGAGGUGGUGUCCUUCGACAUUCUGGACACCAAAUUUGACAUGAUCUUGGGCAUGUCAUGGCUGCGAAGCGAGGAUCACCCGGUGAACUUCUUCCACCGCACUGUUCACAUUCGUGAUCGGAACGGAGUACUAGUUCCAUGCACGGUGCCUCUUCCUCAUCCUUCGAUCAACUGCCACGUGGUAUCCGCCGCAAGCAUGCGAGCUUCCAUCAUCAGAGACGACAUCGAGGAGAUGAGGGUGUGUUUUCUCCACGCCCUCCCGCCCCAUGACGUUUCAUCGACGGACUUACCUUCGGAUCCACGCAUCACCGAACUUUUCGACGCCUACAGCGACGUGUUCGAAGGCCUGCACGGGACGAUCAGGAACGCCGGCCCUCUCCCACGCAUCGAUGACGUUCUCGAGCGAUUGGGCGGCGCCCAGUUCUUCUCUAAGCUGGAUCUCAAGUCAGGGUACCACCAACUCGAGAUUCGCAAGGAGGAUCGCUACAAGACCGCGUUCAAGACACGGUAUGGGCAUUUCGAAUGGCUGGUCAUGCCGUUUGGCCUUACGAAUGCCCCAGCCACUUUCCAAGCGGCUAUGACAAUGGAGUUCCGACACAUGCUGGAUCGGUUUGUACUCAUCUACCUCGACGACAUCUUGGUGUAUAGUCGGAGUUUGGACGAGCAUAAGAAGCACCUGCGCACCGUUUUGGAGCGGCUACGACAGGCCAAGUACAAAGCAAACCGCGACAAGUGCGAGCUCGCACAGCAGGAGCUGGAGUACUUGGGACACUAUGUGACGCCACAAGGCAUCCGUCCACUCGCAGACAAGAUCGAGGCCCCACGACACGACGGCGACGACUGGCACCCUGUGGAGUAUUUCAGCCACAAAGUGCCUCCCAUCAACUCGCUUGAUGAUGCAAGGAAGAAGGAGCUGCUCGCAUUCGUGAUGGCUCUCAAGCGCUGGCGACACUUCCUCCUUGGGCGUCGUAGGUUCACAUGGGUCACAGACAACAAUCCAUUGACCUACUAUAAGACGCAGGACACGGUGAGCAGCACGAUCGGACGAUGGAUGUAUUUCAUUGACCAAUUUGACUUCACACCAAAACAUGUCCCCAGCCUCUCCAAUCGCGCAGCAGAUGCACUCUCGCGAAGACCUGAUCUUUGCGCUAUGACACAUCAUGCCUUCGCAUUCGACGAGGAGCUUCAGCGACACUUCAUCUGGGCAUAUCAGUCUGAUCCGGACUUCGGCACGCUCUAUGCACAGCUAUCUUCGGAUCACCCGCCGGCCAACCAUUACCGCAUUGCCGACGGGUACUUGCUCCUCCACUCGAGAGGCAAGGACUUACUAUGUGUCCCACGCGACCGUCGUCUUCGGACUCGCCUCCUCGGCGAGUAUCAUGAUUCACGACUCGCCGGCCAUUUCGGAGUCAACCGCACUAUUGCACGGCUUCGACACCGAUUCCUUUGGCCCGACCUCAUUACUGAUGUCACUCGGUAUUGCGACUCUUGCGAAGUUUGCCGACGCAGCAAGCCCCGCAACCGCAAUCCCUACGGCGAGUUACACCCGAUGCCAAUCCCACGGGAACCCGGUCUCUCCAUUGCCAUGGACGUCACCGGUCCAUUUCCUCGCGACCGGCUCGGGCACGACGGCAUCCUCACGGUUGUGGACCGAUUGAAGGAUCAUGCGAAGCUCAGUCCGUCCAUGUCUUUCAUUGGUGGCGCUCUUGCUGGCACAUCAGCAACCCUUGGAUCGUAUCCCUUUGAUCUUGUCCGUACGAUCCUCGCUUCCCAGGGAGAGCCCAAGGCCACGUCAGCAGACCACGUCAGCAGGCCAUGUCAGCAGGACAUGUCAGCAGGCCCCGUCAGCCGACAGCAAUACCAUGUCAGCAGGCCCCCGGCCUGGUGUAUGCUGUUCCGUUCACAAACGGCCGUCAUGGACCAGAGGUCCGGAGAAGCAGACAAGGCCUAUCACGCCCGGAUGCUGGCCUGGAGUACCGAAACAAAGAAACGGGCAGAUGACGAAGCAGCAGCAGCGAAGACGAAGGCAGAGGACGCGGAGCAGGCACGUCUGCUGGCACUUGAACAACAGCGCCAUCAUGACGAGGCAACAGCAAGGGCUGCCGAUGAAGAAAGAACUCAACGUCGUGAAAAGAUAUUUAGCGGAGAGCAGACUUUGCUCACGAUGGCAGUGGAAUGGCGGACCGAGGCCGAGAAUGGCAAGUUGGAGGAUAGCGAAAACAAGAUCGCUCUCCUCCUCUCCCAUCUCACGGACCUCCUGGCGACAUCCAUUACGCAGCAGGAGGAUAUCCACAGCCUCGACGACUCGCUGGCUCAGGUCCAAGACCGUCUCCGGCAGUUGGAGCAGCGACCUGUCGUCGCCCAUGAUGCAAGCUCUUCCAACACCUCCGAUCGCCUCACAGCAUUGGAGAUGGACGUCGGCUCCCUCAAGGACGGCGUGCAGUUACAGCAGACCACAACGCAACAGCUGGAACAACGGAUCUGUACUACCGCCAAUACCUCUAGUUCAAGACCGCGCGAGACAACUCCAAAGUUUGACGGGCAGGAGAUCUUCUGCAACUCGAUGAAGACAGAUUCGGUUCCAUGGUUCCGCAAGUUCGAGCUCACGCUACAGCUACACAACGUCAAAGAACACAAGCACCACGCAUGCUUAUACUCUCGCUCAGGGGGCGCGUGCCAGGCUUGGUUGGACAAUCUCUUGUCCAAGUACGGAGUGGUAGCUGCCGACUUGCACACCAAGAUCAAUUGGGAUGAUCUGAAGGCGGCGUGGCACAAGCAGUUCCAAGUCGAGCCACCCGAGAUCAAGGCUAUGGACAAGCUCAUGGACUUCGAGCAAGGCACGCUGUUGAGUACCGACUGGAUCGCCGAGUACCAACGCUUGACGUCAGUCCCAGACAUCCAGAUGGGCUUCAAAGCCGUCCGCCACUAUUUCAUCUCAAGGUCAUGUCCGACAUUAAGUAAUGCCCUGACUCACGUCGAGGACACCUUGAUGACGACGGUGGAACUUUUUGACAAGGCUGCGCAGAUCAUCAUUACGAACAAGGAGGCUAAGAACCUGCGUUCGUAUGCGGCAGGCCCGAGCAGGGACCAGCACCGGCCAAGAGUGGCCGUGGUCGCGGUGGCAACGCCGUUUGACCAAACCAGCGAGGUUGUGUUUGCCAAUGAACGGGACAGACUCGCAGCUGCCCGAGAAUGUGGCCGCCCAGGCAGAGGCCGAAGACGCGGCAAGAUGAAGACACACACCGCAUCUAGCCCCGAGCCCGGCUUCGGCGACAUCUUCGAGACACCUACCGGUCUGGUGCCGGAUCGGCCGAUCUCUCACGAGAUCGUUCUUGAGGCCGGUGCCGUGCCGCCGAAAGGUUGCAUCUAUCAGAUGAGCGAGGAGGAGCUUGAGGUCCUCCGCGCACAACUUGACGAUUUGUUGGCCAAGGGCUGGAUCCGCCCGAGUAGCUCCCCAUAUGGAGCACCUGUUCUCUUCGUCCGGAAGAAGAACAAGGAUCUACGAUUGUGUAUCGACUACCGCAAGCUCAACUCGCAAACCGUCAAGAAUGCGGGGCCUCUUCCUCGCAUCGACGAUCUUCUUGAGCGAUUGGGCGGCGCAAAGUAUUUUUCUAAGUUGGAUUUGAAAUCGGGACAUCAUCAAAUCUCGAUCCGGCCGAAUGAUCGCUACAAAUCCGCGUUCAAGACGUGGUACGGGCAUUUUGAGUGGGUGGUCAUGCCUUUUGGCCUCACCAACGCCCCGGCGACCUUUCAAGCGGCAAUGACCAAUGAGUUCCGUGCAAUGUUGGACCGGUUCGUGCUGGUCUACUUAGACGAUAUUCUCGUCUAUAGCCGGUCAUUGGAGGAUCAUCUUGGGCAUCUUCGACGAGUGUUGGAGGCGCUCCGCCGCGCCAAGUACAAGGCCAACCACGACAAGUGUGAAUUUGUCCGGCAAGAGCUGGAAUACUUGGGCUAUUUUGUCACACCAGAGGGCAUCAGUCUGCUAUCGGACAAGAUUCAAGCCAUCCAAGAGUGGUCGGAGCCUCGGAACGUCACGGAUGUUCGUUCAUUCCUUGGUCUCGCCGGCUACUACCAGCGUUUUAUCAAAGGCUACUCGAAGAUCGCGGCCCACUUGAUCAAGCUUCAAUGCGAGGAUCGAUCGUUUGACUUCGGAGUGGAGGUGCGGGAAUCAUUUUUUGCUCUCAAAGCCGCGCUAUUCUCUGCGGAGGUCUUGCGCAUAUACGACCCACUUUUGCCUACGCGUGUCACUACGGAUGCGUUAGGCUAUGGCAUUGGUGCAGUCCGCGAGCAACAUGAUGGUGUGGACUGGCACCCUGUUGAGUAUUUCAGCAAGAAAGUGCCCGUCGUGCAUUCCAUUGACGAUGCACGCAAGAAGGAGCUCCUUGCCUUCGUCCACACGCUCAAGCGGUGGCAACACUUCCUCCUUGGUCGAAGCCAAUUUCGAUGGGUAACGGACAACAAUCCGUUGGUCUUUUACAAGACCCAAGACACCGUCAACAGCACCAUCGCUCGAUGGAUGGCUUUCAUCGACCAGUUCGACUUCUUUCUCGAUCACAUUCCCGAGAAGUCGAACCGUUUUGCGAAUGCUCUUUCACGGCGUCCGGAUCAUUGUACCACGGUCUACUCAACCUUCGGGAUCGACAAUGACCUGCGGAACAGCUUCAUCCGCGGCUACCAAGCCGACCCCGAGUUCCGCGACAAGUACGCGAAUUGCUCCUCUCCUAAUCCGGCGCCUUCUCACUACCGGAUCCAAGAGGGGUACUUGCUUGUCCACACACGGGGGAAGGACCACCUUUGCGUACCGAGUGAUCCCUUUGGUGGCCCCCGGCCUUCUCGGCGACGUCACACGCUAUUGCGAGUCAUGCAAGCGCACGAUUUACUUGAGGUUGACGAGGAGACCUUCGCAGAGGACCCGUCUCUUGGUGACGAUCAAGAGCAAGACUGCGAGGCAUCUUGCUCUUCGUUAGCCCAUGAGUCCGAUUAUGUGGAUGAUGAAAAAUCAAUGAAUGCCUUUAAGAAGACUGCCUUCAAAAAUUGGAAGGACUUCACCUCCCAGAUCUAUGACAUCAAACUCAAGAUGACGUCUGGCCGACAUCCCAAAGCCAAUGGACUGGCCGAGGAGAUCAACCAGACUGUGAUCCAACUUCUCCGAGCUCUUAUUGUGCCUGAUCAGAACUCUUGGGAAGAGGAAUUGUCGAUUGUACAGGGAUUGUACAACAACUCCAUACAUUCCUCCACCGGGAUGACACGUAAUCGGCCGCACCUCGGGUGGCAGAUUCGCAAUCCCCUAUCCCACCUGUUUCUUGAUCAGCCACCUGGCCUAACACCUGGCCAGCCUGGCUACAACGCUAAGUUUGAUCGCUUGCUCAAAGUUGCUGUUGCAGCUAUGGAAAGGCUAAGCAGUGCCAUGAUUAAGCAUGCUAACAAAAUCACAGUGGGAAGCUAUGUCUGGGUUUACGCAAACAUGAGCGAAGCAAUUGUUGGCAUAGUCAAGAAGAAGGGCAUAAGAGGGCUGUAUGCUGGACUAUCGCCAACGCUAGUCCAGAUUGUGCCGUAUGCAGGAUUGCAAUUUAGUUCUUAUGAUCUCAUGAAAAAGACAUGUAUGAUGUGGAACAGAAAAAUGGCAGCUAGAAAAUCAGCACAGCGAUCAGGCAAUGUGGCAGAUGCUGGGAACGAAAGCUUGUCCUCAUUCCAGCAUGUUUGGUGUGGUUUAUUUGCUGGGACCUUCUCAAAGGCAUGCUGUCAUCCCCUCGAUGUCGUGAGGAAACGUUUUCAGGUGAGGGGCUUGAUGAGAGAUCCUCGCUAUGGCGCAGUUGUUUCAGAGAGUAUGUAUCAGGGAAUGGUAGAUUGCUUCAGAAGAAUACUUGCUGAAGAGGGUGUAGCUGGUCUUUACAAAGGUACCGUUCCGUCAAUUAUCAAGGCAGCACCGGCUGCUGCCAUCACAUUUGUCGUCUAUGAGACGGUUUGCAGAUGGCUAACUUCUUUGUCUGUCGCAGAUAAGUUCGGAGAGCACGGGAAGGAGACAAAAGGUGGUGAGGUAGAAUAGCGGGUCAGGUAGCCACCCAUGACUUCUUGCAAGGUUUGAAGAGUACUCUCUCUCCACUGUCGUGGUGGGUACUGAGAUUGGGGGGGCACAGAGAAGGGGAAGGAGGUGGGGGAGUUGUAGUGUUGGAGUAGGCGGAUGUGUUCGAACUUUGAAGGUACGAGGCUGCAGUAAGGGAGCUGCUUCUUUGUCCACAAUGCCGACGUUGAUCAUGUGAGAUAGAAGGAACCUUUAAAGAGGUGAAGAGGUAGAACAGUGGGUCAGGUAGGUACGCAAGACUUCUUGCACGGUUAGAAGAGUACUUUGUCCCCGAUCUCCUGGUGGGUACUGAGAUUGGGUGGGCAUGACAGAGGGGAAGGAGGUGGGGGAGUUGUAGCGCUUUAGUGUUUUAGUAGGCAGAUGUGUUUGAAUUUCGAAGGUAAGAGGCUGCGGUGCGGGAGCUGGUCAUUUAGUAGUGUGCUGCUUUAUCAGGAAUACAAACGUUGAUUAUUGUGAGAUGGAAUGAACAAGGGUUCUCACAAAGAAGGGGGGCUGGGUUUCAUUUCCCACGGGCGGAGAUGAAGAUCACAGACACACCUUGUAGGGAAAGCUGUUCCAGCAAGACCUUGGACUAGUUUUAUGGACCAACCACUUCAAGCCCCAGUUGCAUUGCUAACGGUUUGACAUUGAUAGAGGAGAGGGAGUUGACGAGGGAGAGGUGCAUUGCCCCAGAGGAGAUGGGGAGCAGGUACAGAAGUAUGCAUGGUUGGGUGCAGCUGAUGGCCCACGAACGAAUGAACAGCUUACUGUGUCGAUGACAAUGGCUGGGUAAAUCUUCCCACCCUAAACUGGACUGGCGUCUGUUGGCAUGCGGAUGAGAUGUGGAAGGAAGGGAUGUCUAGGAGAGAAUAAAGGUGAGCAUGAAGGUAAGCUGAGACUAGCUAUUUGCGGUUGGUGAAAUGGGAUCCCUUUUCCUUUGCAGUUCUGCUACUAUCUUGUGGCAGCCGAGUUUUCAGUUUGGUCGCUGGAACCAAUGUUGAGAACUGUUCCUGGAUAACCCAGGGAACAACUUGUUGGUCUCUAUGAAAAGAAUCCUGAUAGGGGGUCUUGUAAUCUGCGAUGUUAUCGUCACAGCGAAGGUGCUUCUUGGUAAGGAAGGCAGAGAUGAUACCCCAAAGCAUUAUGCAGGUGAUGAACAUUUUGCAAUCCUUGGAGGGCAUCUGGAAACCAUGCCUAUCAAUGGUUCAAAAGAUAAUGUUUGUGGCAGAGUUUGUGGGGGCGUGGAAUGAAAUGGUUGUUAGUCA